CACACUGGCGCUAUUUUGUUGUUUGCUCGAGGUGAACAUCGCACACACACGAAGCACACGUCACACAUACACAAGUGCACACAGAUUGGCGAAUUUAUUUACGAAAUUAUUGCUUUGCUAGCGCGUGAAAAAAGCCAGCUACAACAACUGAACGUUGUGUGUGUUGUGUCUCCGUCUGUGGGUGCAAAAUUCAAUACUACAAAAAAAAAUUCAAAGAGUGUAUACAAAAUUCACUGUUAAGAUGAGCCGUCAACUGCUUAGGAAUCCAGCAACAAUGCAACGCGCUGCCAGUGCCGUUGCCUCCACUUGUGCCAGAACUUUAACAAGCAGCAGCAGCAGCAGCAGCGGUGGCAGCGCAGUCGCCACAAGGCGUCAACAGCAGCAGCAGCAACAAUGUAAACUAACGCCAAGUGUUGGCAUACGCCGCUGGAAAUCAUCGACGCUACAUAACAAUAACAGCGCUGAGCAGCAGAACCAGAAGCUAACAGGAACGGCGACUGCUACAUCGACAGCAACAGCGACAGCGACGCUGCGCCGCAGUCAAACUGAAGCAUUGAACGCGCGUGGUAGCCAUUCAACUUUUGACGUUCCUUCUCGCAACAUGUCCACCACACAAAAGAACGGCAACCAGAAAUGCCUGCAACUGGAGAACAUCAAUCCCAACUUCAUCGUUAUGGAGUAUGCGGUCCGUGGUCCGCUUGUCAUUCGCGCCGGCGAAAUUGAAAAGGAACUCGAGAAGGGAGUGAAGAAACCAUUCGACCAGGUGAUUCGUGCCAACAUUGGCGAUUGCCAUGCGAUGGGCCAACAGCCCUUGACCUUUUUGCGUCAGUUGUUGGCUCUGACGAUGGAACCGCGUCUGCUGAACACUCCGGACUAUCCAGCUGAUGUGAAGGAGCGCGCUUGCGCUUUGUUGGCCGCAUGCCAAGGCGGCUCGAUGGGUUCGUACACCGAUUCGGCGGGCUUGGAGCAUGUGCGUCGUCAGGUGGCCUCAUUCAUUAAGGAACGCGAUGGCGGCGUCGACUGCGAUUGGCAGAAUAUUUAUCUAACUGGCGGCGCCUCGCCAGGCAUCAAGAGCAUCCUCUCGCUGCUGCAUUGCCAUGUGGAGGAAAAGUUGCCGGGCAUCAUGGUGCCCAUACCACAGUAUCCAUUGUACUCGGCCACCAUCGCUGAAUAUGGCAUGAGCAAGAUCGAUUAUUACUUGGAUGAGGCCAACAAAUGGGGACUGAAUCGCAAGGAGCUGCAACGCGCCUACGAUGAGGCCAAGACUCAAUGCAAUCCUCGUGCUCUGGUCAUCAUCAAUCCCGGCAAUCCCACCGGCCAGGUGCUGUCGCGUCAAAACAUCGAGGAGAUCAUCAAAUUCGCCCAGGAGAAUCAACUCUUGCUACUCGCCGAUGAGGUGUACCAGGCCAAUGUCUACGACAAGGACUCCAAGUUCCAUUCGUUCAAGAAGGUGAUGCACGAGAUGGGUGAACCGUAUCGCAGCCAAGAGCUGGUCAGUUUCCUGUCGGUGUCAAAGGGUUUCCUCGGCGAAUGCGGCAUUCGUGGCGGCUACAUGGAGGUGAUCAACCUGUGUCCUCAGGUCAAAGCGAUGCUCACCAAAUCGAUUACCGCAUCGUUGUGCAGCACCACCGCUGGCCAGGUGGCUGUCAGUGCUCUGGUGAAUCCACCACGUGCCGGCGAACCUUCGUUUGAGCUGUACAACAAGGAGAAGAACGCUGUAUUGGAUGCGUUGAAGGAGCGCGCCGAAUUGGUCCACAAGACGUUCAGCAGCUUCGAGGGUUACACGGUGAAUCCCGUGCAGGGAGCGAUGUAUGUGUUCCCCCGUGUGGAGAUACCGCCCAAGGCGGUGGAGGCAGCCAAGGCCAAGAAAAUGGCACCCGAUGCCUUAUAUGCAUUUGAACUGCUCGAGUCGACGGGUAUCUGCGUUGUGCCUGGCAGCGGAUUUGGUCAGUUGCCUGGCACCUAUCACUUCCGCAGCACCAUCUUGCCGCAGACGGACAAGCUGAAGCUCAUGUUGGAGAAGUUCCGUCAAUUCCACUUGGACUUCAUGAAGAAAUACAAAUAGAGCGGACAACACACUGAUGAUAUUUUCCUCACACACACACACACACACACCUCAACGCAACUUCGAUGACGUUCGACGAUCCCAGUUCACGUCUUUAAUAUAUUUUUUUCAUUUUUUUUUUUUAUUUUUCAAAAAAUAAUUAAAUUGUUACAAAAAUACUAACUCUAUACUCUUUUGACUGGUUUCAAGCGAUCCCCAAACAUUACUCUAUCUAUACUAUUAAUUAUAUGGCAAUUGAGGUUUGAUUUAAUUCCUUGAUUUAUCGCAAAACUAAUUGGACAUGAUGAUGAACUAAAUUGACAAUAAUAUUGUUCUUGUUUUAAUUGCUUUGUUGCAAAAUAAUAAUUAGUAUAUACAUUGGAUAUUGUUAAUAAUAGAAUGAGCGUUAUAUAUUUAUCACAUAUUGAUGUAGCUCCCCCCUAUAUGAUAAUCCCUAUAUAUGUAUGUAUAAUGUCGUACAUCGCACACUUUUAUGUCCUUGCGCGAAGUCAUUACUUGAUGUUAAAACAUAAAACAUAUAUUGUAUUGUUGUUAAAUAUAUAUAUAUAUACAUACUAUGAUAUAUCAAAUA